ACGGUGGUCUGUUUGUGGCAGUAGAUUUGUGCAAAAAGUGCAGAAAAGGCGUGGAUUGGGUGGAAAAGUGAGGUAAUUUGAGGAAUAAUGAGUGAGAUAACCUCAAAGAGGAAGGAAAAGUUAACUGGUUGAAGAUUUUCCUGCGAUAAUAUUACUUUCUGCGUCUCUCACAUUUGCUUUGCGGAUAUAUAAAUCCUCUGCGUGGGCGGAGGAUUGGAGGACACAUCACAAUGACGUCGGACUCACUGCCGAUUCUUCUCAUAACAGCCAACGUUGGGAGUGUCUUUGAAGAUCCAUCGAAAUUGCUCAAAACAUGGGUCAGGGAGUUUAUGGAUGUCAUCCAAAAGUGGGAGCCGGUAUUUCUGGCUGUUCACAUGCAAGAAGUCGGUGGGAAGACCUAUGAAAAAUCUAUGGAGUAUGUGCAGGAAUUUAUUAAGAUUCUCUGCGAAGCUAGUGAGUUGGCCAGCUACGAUAGGAUUCGGAUAUACCUCGAUGAGGACUAUCAAUCAGCUGAACAUUUUACCGCACUUGGAAAUCUAUACUUUGCACGCAACACUAUAAAAUCCAUUAAAAUCUGGAACUUCCUUAUUCACGAGUGGGAAGAUGUUGUGGGAAAAAGUAUCCACACGGGCAGUAUUGAGAGCAUUCCCACAAAAGAGAAGGCCAAAUUCCCACAAAAUUUCUUCCCAGAAUGUAAAUGGUCACGCAAGGGCUUCCUUCGUACACGCUGGGAUAUUGAGGGAACAGUAAUGGAUUUUGUCAACAUUCACCUAUUUCACGAUGCCUCCAACUUGGCGGCAUGUGAGGAAUUCCCAUCGGUUUACUGCAAGAGUCGCAGAAGGGCACUUGUUCAUACCCUGGAGCGUUUUGAGAAGGACACUGCUAAUACACGAGCUCCAUACUUUGUCUUUGGUGACUUUAAUUUCCGCUGUGAUACUGAGGGGGUCGUGAAGAAGCUCACGGAAGCCCUCACGGCCCACAGGGUGGCAAAUUCAAAGAGCACUGACAGUGUUAAAAUGCAGUAUCGCGAUGCAGAUGGGCAAAAUGUACUUACAGUGGGCAAGAAGGAGUUUACCCAUGCUGAUCACCAGACGCAGUUCAAGGGAGAAUGGCUGCGAAAGUUUGACCGAGAACUGGAUCCACUUCAGGAAAUUCUUUUUGAGUAUCCUAUUGCAUUCCCACCGUCCUACCCAUUUGAGGAGGAUCCAGAAAUGCCGCAAAACUACAUGAAUUCCCGCUGCCCGGGAUGGUGUGAUAGGAUUCUCAUGAGUCCUUCAGCUAAACAAUUGAUUGCCAAUGAAAACAUCAAGUACUCACUCAUCGGGGAGGGUUCUUGCAUGGGAGAUCAUAAGCCAGUCUACCUGCAAUUCGAACUGAAGCCAAACCAAGGUACGAUUCAGUGUAGUUGCUCCCCGCAUGUGCUAAUGAAAAAUUCAUCAUCGUUGAGUUGCUUGUCGUGUAGUAGGCGUUUUGCACAAAUUCUUGUAGAGUGGCAAAAAUUAGAUAAUAUCCCAUACAAUACGUUGCUGAAGAAGCAACCUGAGCCCAUUGCUCCACCACUCAAUAAUAUUCAAAUUAACGUUACGGACACGGAGAAUAAUCUCAAUGUGUGCAUGUGUGCCUUCUACGAGGACCCCGGGGCGGCACCCACAGGCACAAUGGAGCGCCUUGAGGAGAAUAGCAUCUGUCCACGGUGCCGGAAUAUAAUAAGUCAGCAACCAAUGGAGCAUCGACGUGCCCUCAUCUCGCAACGUCUCAUGUUGGCUAAUGAUGUGAUUGUCAAUCGGAUAGAUACGCAACUUCUCAAUACAUACAGUAGUGCGGCAAUUGGGGCGCGUCCUGACCCAUAUACACCCGAAAGUGCCGAAUCUCGAUCGCCUGUUAUCGAUCGAAGUGCCCCUGAGUUUGGGGAAGAGGUUUCGAGGUCACACACCCGAAGCGAUGGGGCGACAAAUGAGCAGAGUAGUGUUGCGAGUGGUGGAGUUAAUCCGAAUCAACUGAAAUCUCGCCUUGAACGAUUACAGCGGAAGAGUCGCAGUGACGAUGAUUGCGAUGACUUUCUCCAAAGACAAAACAAUUGUUGCUCUUGUAUUAUCACCUGAACUAUCAUCACUGAUUCUUUUUAUUUUUAAUUUUAUCUGUAAAUUUGCAUAAAUAUGAAAUGAAAAUUGCAAUUCCUUAAUCUUCAAUUACAUUGAAAAAUUAAAGAAAAAAGAGAGAAAAGUUCUUUAGAAUUGCAAUUUUCAUCUAAAGCAAUUUUUAUUCAAUUUUUUUAAUUUUGCCAUUUUAAGUUUUUUUUUCAAGUUUCCCUUGGACACCUUUGCUAUUCGAUGGUUUAUCUGCUAAAUUUUAUUCCACCACCUUUUCAGCACUUUUGGUUCAAUGGUUAAUGUUUAUCUCAUUAUAUAGUUUAAUCUGUGUAUUAUAUUGGAAAAAAUUCUUCUUGAGAGUAUCAAAUCAAUUUGCCAGUAAAUUGGUCUUUUAUGAAGGAUUCACUAAUUGUAAGAAAAUAUUAUUUGAAAGUCAUUAAAUAAACCAAAGCAGAUUUUGUAGGUUUUCACGGGAUUAAUUAAGGCGUUUAGUUAUUAAAAUUCAGCUUUUUCGUGUUCUGUAAUUAGAUUCCGUAAUUAGUUUUGGACUUCAGUGCCUUGUUUAAGGGUUAAGGCUACACCAACUAAGGGUUACCCAUUUUGGGAGGGCUUUAGUUAGAAGUCAGACUAAGAAGGUUCCUGUCCUCUCCGAAUGGGAGAAGAAAAGAAGAAGAAGAUUACAGCUUUAACGGCAAUUAAUUUUAUUAAAUUAGGGACAUUUAUCUAAUAAUCCUUAUUUGUAUGGACAUUCUCGUUGUAAUAAUAGUCAUCAAUAUUUGUAAGAUAAAAGUAGGGCUCUCAUUCUCUUUAAAAAUCUUAAAAGAAAGUCUCCAAAUCCUUUUAAUAAUAAUUUCCUCUUGCAGAGUAAUUUCUAAUUUCUAUGUACAUAUAAGGUUAAAAAUUAAGCAAAACUUAAAAAUUCUUUAAGAUUGAGAUGACUUUCAAAAUCAUUAAGUUGAGUUCAUAAAUUGAUUGAUACUCUCAUUGUAGAGAAAAUAAGAAAUUCUUUUAGAAAAAAAAUGCAUUCAAAUGCAUGGCAUUUAAUCCGUCAAAUCGAUGUUUCUAAUUUCCAUGCAGAUUUAUAUAUUUUUUUAAUUAAAAUUAUAAUGAAUAAAUUGUUGAAAAAUGUA